CGAAGGGUGUAUAACACCAUACCACAAAUAUUGUUUGCAGCCCUACUUCGUGGUGACUGACUGUUUUUAUGUACACACGCUAACUGAAGAAACUUUUUGUUUUCCGUCGGGAGUUUGCUUAAUAAAAGGCUUUCCAUUUAAGUUUUGCUUCUAUUAAAACCUCGCCGUUGAGAGCCAUGGAGACUCUCCUGGAGCAACAACGACGCUACCAUGAGGAACGUGAGCGCCUAGUCAAACUAAUGGUGGACGAGCAUGCGACCAAGAAGCCGGGCGAAAAAGAGCGCAUCCAUUCGGAACACCGACUGAAGUACCUAAUGGAACUCCACCACAAUGCCACGUCGCAGCUGCGCGACCUCUACGAGGAUAAGGACAAUGAGCGGAAGGCAGAAAUCGCGGCACUUUCAGGACCCAACGAGUUCAAUGAAUUCUACGCCCGCCUUAAGCAAAUAAAGCAAUUUUACAAAUCGCAUCCCGCGGAGGUCAGCGUGCCGUUGUCCGUUGAGUUCGACGAGAUGAUCCGAGUGUACAACAACCCAGACGACAUGAGCGCUCUGGUUGAGUUCACGGAUGAGGAGGGCGGCGGUCGGUAUCUGGACCUUAACGAGUGUUAUGAGCUUUACCUAAACUUGAGGUCAGUGGAGAAGCUGGACUAUAUUACUUACUUGAUGUCCUUCGACCACGUUUUCGACAUUCCGCGUGAACGUAAGAAUCGCGAGUAUCGCAAGUACAUAGAGACCCUCAACGACUACCUGCACCAUUUCAUCCUGCGCAUUCAGCCCCUUCUCGACUUGGAGGGGGAGUUGCUGAAGGUGGAGCUUGACUUUCAGCGUCAGUGGCUACUAGGCACAUUCCCCGGCUUCUCGCUCAAGGAGACGGAGUCGGCUCUAGCAAACACAGGCGCCCACCUUGAUCUGUCCGCCUUCUCCAGCUGGGAGGAGCUAGCCUCGUUGGGAUUGGAUCGUCUAAAGUCGGCACUGGUGGCCCUGGGACUUAAGUGCGGUGGCACCCUGGAGGAGCGCGCCCAGCGCCUAUUCUCCACUAAGGGGAAGAGCACACUUGAUCCCGCCCUGAUGGCUAAGAAGCCUAGCGCCAAGUCUGCCAGCGCGCAGACACGAGAGAACGAGCGCCACAAGGAAAUCGCCCAGUUGGAAGCGCUGCUCUAUAAGUAUGCGGAACUUUUAUCAGAGCAGAGAGCGGCUACUAAGGAGAAUGUGCAGCGAAAGCAGGCUCGAACUGGUGGUGAGCGGGACGACAGCGAUGUCGAGGCCAGCGAAUCAGACAACGACGACGACCCUGAUGCGGAUGACGUUCCUUACAACCCAAAGAAUCUGCCGCUCGGAUGGGAUGGCAAACCAAUUCCCUACUGGCUUUACAAGCUGCACGGCCUGAACAUCAGCUACAACUGCGAGAUCUGUGGAAACUUCACCUAUAAGGGCCCAAAGGCCUUUCAACGUCAUUUUGCAGAAUGGCGCCAUGCUCACGGCAUGCGUUGCCUGGGCAUCCCAAACACCGCCCACUUCGCCAAUGUCACUCAGAUCGAGGACGCCAUCACGCUAUGGGAAAAGCUUAAGUCGCAGAAACAGAGCGAGCGCUGGAUCGCCGACCAGGAGGAAGAGUUCGAGGACUCGCUGGGAAACGUGGUCAACCGAAAGACUUUCGAGGAUCUAAAACGCCAGGGACUGCUCUAGAGAAUCGAUUUAUGAGUUGCUUAAAAACCGGUCAAUCUUAUGCUGGGCUUAGAUAUUUUUAAAUUUUGAUGAUCAUUAUCAGAUCAUAAUCAGAUUUGUUGACAACAACAGUGGUUUAAUAAAAUCAUUCAUUUAUUUCGUGUCACAAAAUGGAA